GCAGCGAAGCGUAGCAAUACUUUGGACCCAGCAUUGAAUAACACGUUCAAGGUGUUGAUGAGCUCUGACUGUAUUAGCUAACGUAAAAUGAGUAAGAUACCGUUUACAAGAUUGUCGAAUGAAGAGGAGGAAAAUGAACUUGAUUCUGUUAAUUUCAGUACGGACGACAACAGGGGUCUUUAUUUAAGCGGAGCAGACCAGCCUAGGCGUAGAACAGAUUACGUUUUGGUGUACGAAACGUGCCAAGAGAAUGAAAGCACUGACGAGGAAUCCGCAGCAGAAGUGGCAAGAUUGGCAUCUUUAAGAACAACUUUCGAAAAGCAGCUUGAAGAGCAAGGACUAAUCCUGCAGCGACAAACCCGCGUGGUACAAACGGAUACCGAAGUCUUACGACACUUUGUUUUAAUACACGCUCCUUGGGAAGUACUUGCAGAACGCGCUGAAUGCACGAAGCUAAAAGUUCCCCUUCAGGUCAAUGAUACCGUCUUCACUUCUUGGCUAGAGUUCUUACUUGGUUCAAAGAUAGUAACAGCUAUCAGAAAGAAGAAUCCUCUUAACAUUCGAGAUCCUUUCAUCAAAGAAACUCCGGAUCAUUUCAUGGCGCAGUUUAAGAGGGAUCGCCUUUCAGCAUAUACCUUCCAACAAAACUGCAACCAGGAAUCGUUUUUCUCGAUCAUUGAUCGACAACAUUUGAUCCAGCAAAUCUUUAACAGCACGCGGUUUUCGGAUGAACCAGAUGAUGUAGGACUGAGCAAACUUGUCUACGAGGGCGCAUACCUAGCAUGUUAUCCCCUGCAUGACGGCAAGCUUAAGCAUGAACGGUCAUCAGAUGGUGAAUGUCCAGUUAACAAGCGCCAGCAGCUAAAGAGAGACUGGGCACGAUUUGGCAGAUGUUUCAAGUACCAGCCUUACGAUGCCAUCAAGGAAUACUUUGGUCAUGAAAUCGGCCUGUACUUUGCCUGGCUUGGAUUCUACACCGCCAUGUUAGUUCCACUUGCCAUCGUCGCCUUGAUCGUGUUCUUGUAUGGAAUUCUAUCAACGGGCUCCUAUAUUCCAGUGCUUGACAUGUGCGAUGAGAAGAACCGAGAUCGCUGGUACAUGUGCCCGUUGUGCGAUCGCCAGUGCAGCUACUGGAAUUUAGCUCCAGACACGUGCAUUUACGCUAAAAUCACCCAUUACUUUGACAAUGAUUGGACGGUCGGCCUGGCUUUUCUUUCAUCCCUUUGGGCGUCACUUUUCCUUGAGUUCUGGAAACGACGUCAAGCGUCCCUUGCCCAGAAAUGGCACACAUCUGAGUUUGAAGAAGAGGAAGAAGAAUUUCGCCCCGAGUACUUGGCAAAAUUGACAGAGGGGGAGAAAAAUCCUUACGUUCCUGAUCCGCAAACUGGAAAAAUUCGCCCAAACGUCUUUAAGAUCAAGCGGUUUCGUCGACUGGGAUUCGUGUGUAGUGUCAUCACCCUUAUGAUUUUCCUGGUUAUAGCUGCUAUGAUUGGUGUGGUUGUGUACCGAGCGGCAGUUUUUGCAGUUUUAAGCAGCAGUUCGGACCAGAAAAUCGAAAAGGGUGCUAGGAUCCUCACAACGGCCACUGCUGCCUUACUUAAUCUGGUAGCGAUCACGAUCCUACAAUUCGUGUACAACAAGCUGGCUAUUUUUCUGACUGAUUGGGAGAAUCCGCCAACUAAAACGGCCUACCAAGAUAGUUUCACCAGAAAAAUGGCCCUAUUCCAAUUCGUCAACAACUACACCUCCAUCUUCUACAUCGCAUUCUUCAAAUCAGAGAUGAUCGUUGGAUCACCGGGAAGGUACAGAAGAGUGUUGGGUGAGUAUCGACUGGAUGGCUGCAGUGAGCAGGGUUGCUUCUUGGAGCUGACAAUUCAAAUAGCCACUAUCAUGGUCGGACAGCAGAUUUUCUACAACAUCACAGAGAUUGGCAUUCCGUACCUGAUGCUGUUAAAAAAAAGACGUAACCAAAAGAGCGCUGGCGACCGACCACAGUUUGAAUUGGAUUUCGACUUGAGCCCCUUGGAAAAACAUUUCAUGUUCUGGGAAUACCUCGAAAUUGUUUUGCAGUACGGCUUCAUAACGAUGUUUGUUGCCGCCUUCCCACUUGGUCCAUUGUUUGCACUCGUCAAUGCUGUCAUCGAAAUUCGCCUGGAUGCCAUCAACUUCUUGUGCCACUUCCGUCGUCCUGACGCCGCCCGAGUGGAGGACAUUGGAGCGUGGUACAGUGUUCUGGAAACAGUCACCAAGGUUUCAGUUCUGGUGAACGCGUUUGUGCUGGCUUUUACCUCAGAGUUCAUUCCCAAGCUCGUAUACAAAAUGGUUUACUCAUCAGAAAAUGGCCCCUCUUUCUGGAAAGGGACAUUGAAUGGCUACGUCAAUAACAGCCUUGCCUUCAUUGAUUUGAAGACCCUCUACACGUGGGAGAACGGUACUCAACCAGUGAACCCCACUAAAAAUCUUAACUUCACUCGGGAUUAUUGCAGGUAUAAAGGCUACCAUAACAACUACUACCCGUACAAUCGCUCCACUGAGUACUGGAACAUUUUAGCCGCUCGACUCGCCUUCGUGUUCGUUUUUCAGUUUGUUGUGUACGCCAUUGCUUCUUUCAUCGCCUGGAUAGUUCCAGACACCCCCGACGAGCUGGAGUACAAGAUGAAACGAGAGAGGAAGCUUGCCAAGGCGUUACUUCAGGAUCACAGUAACGAAAACAUAUAACGUUUACUUCAGCAUGCAAUUUUUGGGGUAAAAUAAUUCAUGCAAAAGAAAUUAAAUCGAAAUUUCGACCUAUGACUGGUUUUGUACAUGUACGUUUUGUAACCCAUGGGAUUGGUUUUGAAAGUCUUCAUUUAAAAUCUCUUCAUUUAAUGAAUAGGGCAAUAUUAAAAUAUUUGGCUAUGCAUUAUCAAUCGGUUAAGUUUCUUUUAACAACCUAACUCUGGUGUAUGUACAUUUGGAUUGGGCCUUUGUAGAUCCUUAGAUGCUGCUGCACGUUACUGAAACUAUGAUUCAGUGUGAGGCUCAAAACCAUGUUUCUGUCCAAAUAAGAAUGCCUUCAGGACCCUAGUAUUGUGGCAUAUCGAUCUUGCUUCAAAUGUUAAUUCUGAGAGUUUUGUAAUAAAACAAAUAUACCAGCGGUAA